CACGCACGUGAAGCCUACUUGAGGUACGCUUUGGGUGCACUAGGGCAAUCCGCGCUUUUUGUGCUUCAUCCAUUCGUGCCCACAGUUUGCAAUUUUCGCCAUUUUCUCUUGGUUCUUCACGUCAUAUGCGUGCAGUAUCGCGAUUUUGUCGUGUUCGAUAUCGGAUAUAUUCCGAAGUCACCCUGAUCGCCCGGUGAGCUAAAACUUCUUAACUCAUCAUGCCGAUCUAUUUUCAACGUCCAGAAAAUGCUCUCAAACGAGCCCGAGAGUUCAUCGAUGUCGGGAAGAAGCAUCGUGCACUCGACGCACUCUACGAUGUCAUCAAGAGCCGCAAACACAGGACAUGGCAGAAAGUCCACGAGCCGAUUAUGCAGCAGUACUUGGAGCUCUGCGUCGAGCUCAAGAAGAGCCACAUCGCCAAGGAGGGCCUGUUUCAGUACCGCAACAUAUGUCAGCAGGUCAACAUCAAGUCUCUGGAGGACGUGGUCCGUGGGUACCUGGACCUUGCCGAGGAAAAGACCGAAGCCGCCCGCGAAGAAUCCCAACAGGUCGUGGUGGACAUCGACGACUUGGACAACGUUCAGACGCCAGAGAGCCUGCUGCUGAGCGCCGUGAGCAGCGAGGACACCCAAGACCGAACCGACCGAGUGGUGCUCACGCCCUGGGUCAAGUUCCUGUGGGAGUCGUACCGGCAAUGCCUGGAGCUGCUCCGCAACAACUCGCGGGUGGAAUGUCUCUACCACGACAUCGCCCGCCAGGCGUUCAAGUUCUGCCUCAAGUACAACCGCAAGACGGAGUUCCGCAAGCUGUGCGACCACCUGCGCACCCACUUGGGCCAGAUCCACCGCCACCAGAGCCAGCAGACAGCGGUGAACCUCAACAACCCGGAGAGCCAGGCCAUGCACCUGGAAACGCGGCUCGUGCAGCUGGACAGUGCCAUCCAGAUGGAGCUCUGGCAGGAAGCUUACAAGGCCACCGAAGACAUCCAUGGUCUCAUGACCCUCUCCAAGAAAUCUCCGAAGCCACAGCUGAUGGCCAACUACUACCAGAAGCUUGCACUGGUGUUCUGGAAGGCUGGUAAUCGUCUCUUCCAUGCUUCAGCCUUAUUCCGUUACUUCCAUCUGGCCAAGGACCUGAAGAAGAACAUCACCUCUGAGGAAAUCCAGAAGAUGGCAUCUAGAGUAGUGCUGGCCACCCUGGCAGUGCCCAUGCCACCGAACCGACCCGAGAUAGACCGUCUGGUCGAGACGGAAGAGAAUGUAAAUGACAAGAGCCACAGGCUGCUGGCAACCCUCCUGGGACUGAACACCCCGCCCACAAGGGCCAGCCUCGUCAAGGAACUGGUGCGGCUUGGCGUGGUGGGUUUAGCCCCCCUGCAGCUUCAAGACCUGUACCGCUGGCUCGAGGUGGACUUCCAUCCGCUGAAGCUGUGUGGCCGUGUGAGCCAGUGCUUCGACUUCAUCAACAAGUGGGAAGAAUGCUCAGAGCUGCGCAUGUAUGUGUCGGCCCUUCAGGACAUCACGGUCAUGCGUCUGCUCAAAGAGGUGUCGCAAGUCUACCAGACCAUCGAACUGAGCCGUUUGUUGGAGCUGGCCCCCUUUGCCACACCGUUCUAUCUCGAGAACAUGGUGGUCGAUGCCGUGCGCCGCAACAACCUGCAGGUUCGCAUUGACCACAAGCAGCGCUGCCUUCACUUUGGUUCUGAGCUGAGUGUCUCGCAGCAGGAAGAGGUGGUAGAAGGACCCCACCUGCAAGGCAUGCCCAGCGAGCAGAUUCGCUGCCAGCUCGUCAAGCUCUAUUCAGUGCUCCAGCGGUCAGUGCACCUGAUUCGGCCGGACGAGAUCAAGGAAUCGACCAAGGAGCUCAAGAUGCACAUCAUUGACGCCUACCGCCUGGUGUGCAAGAAGGAGCACAAGAAGAUCCUAGAGCGGCAGCAGAUCAUUGAGGCGCGCAAGGAAAUGCUGGAGAACCUGACCUUCCAGCGUGAAGAGGAGGAGCGCAAGCAGAUCGAGGAAAGGCAGCAGAAACUGCGUGAGGCAGAGGAAGAGCGUAUUGUGCGUGAAGCAGAAGAGCGUGCCAAGCAGCGCAGCCAGCGCGAGCAAGACGAGAUGAAGAAGAAGGUGGUGCUCGAGAAGAUUGAGCUGCUCCGCAAGACAGACAUCGGAGCCCGCAUCUUUGAGGGCCUUGAAGAGGAAGAGCUCGAACGUCUCGAUCCGGAAGAAAUCCUGAACCGGCAGGUGGAACAACUAGACCGGGAGCGGAAGGAGAUGCAGACGAAGCUCAAGAAGCAGGAGCGUAAGGUCGACUACCUGGAGCGAGCCAAGCGGCUCGAGGAGAUUGCCCUGCUGCAGGAAGCUUACGAGCGCUCCAAGCUGGAAGAUGAGAAGUUCUGGCAGCAGAAGGAAGAAGAGCGCAUCCGGUUGCUCGUGCAAGAGCGGGAGAUUGCUCUACAGCACAAGGUCCGAAUGCUGCGUAUGCGGGAGGACAAGGAGGAGUUCCUCAGCCGGCUGACCCAGGACCGCUACCAGGUCUACAAGGACAAGCGGGAUCGUUUCGAGGCUCGUCUGGAAGAGGAAAGGAGCAAGCGCCUCGCAGCUCGCAAGGCGGAGCGCAAGGAGGAGCGCCGCGAGAAGUACUUGCGCGAGAAGGAAGAGUCUGAGCGCAGGGCUGCUCUGGAGAAGCAGCGAAAGAUAGAGGAGGAGCGUCUGGCCAAGCUGCGCGAGAUGGAAGCCAUCAAGUUGGCUCGUGAGCGCGAGAUUGAAGAGAAGCAGCGCCGCCUGGAGGAAGAAGAGAGGCAGCGUCAAGACACUUCGGAGAAGUCGCGCGCAGCGCCUGCUCGCAUUGAGGAGUCCAGCUGGAGAAAGCGGGAGGAAGACUCGAACCGCAAAAACGAACUCUGGAGGGCCAGCCGUCCCAAGGACAACCGCGAAACCGAGCGCAAGUGGGGACGCGACGACAGCGGUCCUGAGAAGGAGAGGGCACCCCCGAGGCCGGAGAGGGACGUUGGCGAGGACAACUGGAGGCGCCGCAGAGACCAAGACGAGGAGCGCCCGGCACCAAGGGCUUCGGAGUCCAGCUGGAGGAGGGACCGCGACACGAGCGACCAGGACGUGGAUCGCUCCGGCCCAUGGCGCUCGGGCGGCACCGGAUCAUCGUGGCGCUCUGGAGGGGGAGAACGAGGUGCCAGCACCCCCUGGAAGAGAGGUGGCGAGGACGGCGACAACCGUUCGCGUGACACGGACCGUUUACGAGACGCUGACCGUCCGCGGGACAUGGACCGUUCGAGGGACAUGGACCGUCGUAGCCGUGACUACGGAGAAGACCGAGCACCCCGCACCGGAGACAGCUGGCGCUCCGGCGGAUUGAAAGAUUCGAGGGGAGGUGGUGGAGGCGGUGCCUGGCGAGUCGGAGAGGACCGGGAUCGGCGCCCGUCGCCCCGUCGGGAAGAGCGUCCCACCGGGGGCUCCUGGAGGGACAAGGAGCCCAGCAAGCCGCGCGAGGAAGGGGACAAGGAGGGCUGGAAGACCGCCCGUUAGAGAGGCGGGACUGCAGUCCUCUCCCUCUACGAAACGCCGUGGCUUCGGUUACGAGACCGUGGUGUCUGCUGGACACCGGGGGGGCCCUUUUUCUUCCCUACCCCAUUGGCCAGUUGUGCAUGGCCAGCAAUACUGGCCAGGUUGACUGGCCCUUGUGCUGUAGGCUUUGUUUAAUUAUUUCCAAUUCAAGUUCCAAAAGGAAAUCUUCUCUUAGAAACAUAUAUUCUGAGAUAAAUAAAGUGGUGCGAAAUGGGGGGAAAGUUUAAAUGGGACCUGCUGGUCCAUUGGCCUCCGAUGGUGUCGGUGGAUCACUAGGUCCCAAUGGCUGUUUCAUAGCACGAUUGGACUGGUGGGCCCUGAAGCUGAUUUUGUAAUACAACAGAGCCUUAUGGUCUAAAUAAAAAUUCAGUUCAA